CUAUCUUUGCCUUCCUAGUCAGGUUUACUUGCAAGCUUUGAAAAAUAGAUUGAUCCAAAACAUCCACUCGUUUCACUCUAGCUUUGUCCAAACAUCAUCUUAUGGACCGGCUCGCAUCUUUUGGAAAUGAUCCCUUCGACAAACCACCUUGCAGAGGUUGCUCGUCUUAUCUUACUGAGCCUUACAUCAAAUGUGCGGAGUGUGGACCCUCGCCUUUCUUACUCUGCCUCCAGUGUUUCACCAGGGGAUUUGAAUACAAGAAGCAUCAGAGUGAUCACAAAUAUGAAAUCAUGACAUCAGACUUCCCUGUACUGGAGCCUGGAUGGACGGCACAGGAAGAGAUGGCCCUGCUGGAGGCAGUCAUGGACUGUGGUUUUGGAAACUGGCAGGAUGUGGCAUAUCAGAUGCGCACAAAGACCAAAGAGGAAUGCGAGAGCCACUACAUGAAGAAUUUCAUCAAUAACCCGCUGUUCUCCUCCACCUUGCUCAGCCUGCGGAAAACAAAAGACUCUCGCUUUGCAGAGGGCGCUAUUCCUUUUAAACCCACCGAUGAUCCCCCUCGGCCCACAUUUGAUUCUGUGCUGUCUCGAGACAUGGCCGGAUACAUGCCUGCCAGAGCAGACUUCAUGGAGGAGUUUGACAACUAUGCCGAAUGGGAUUUGAAAGACAUUGACUUUGUGGAUGAUGACUCAGACAUCCUUCGUGCGCUCAAGCUUGCAGUUGUUGAUAUAUAUCAUUCAAGAUUAAAGGAGAGACAGCGGAGGAAAAAGAUUAUCCGAGACCAUGGCCUGAUCAACCUUCGGAAAUUCCAGAUGCUGGAGCGAUGUUACCCAAAGGAGGUGCAGGAGCUGUACGAUGUCAUGAGACGAUUUGCCAGAGUGGUUGGACCGAUUGAACAUGACAAAUUCAUCGAAAGUCACGCACUGGAGUUCGAGCUGAGGAGAGAGAUCCACAGACUGCAGGAGUACAGGAAAGCAGGGAUCAAGUCCUUCUGCAGUGCCAAGGUGUAUGAGCGGGUGAAGCGAAUGCGUGAGGACGAGCGUAGGAAGAGGACCAUGUUGUGUGACGUGCUGCAGUACAUCCAGGAUGGCAGAGCCUGCCAGCAGUGGCUCAGCAAACAGGCUGCAAUAGAUGCUGGCAUCACUCCAGCUGUCACAACGAUCACAGUGUCAGCAACAGGUAGGCGGAGCGCCCCUCCUCUCAACCUGACCGGACUGCCCGGGACGGAGAAGCUCAACGAGCGCGAGAAAGAGUUGUGCCAGGUGGUGCGGCUGGUGCCGGGAGCCUACCUGGAGUACAAGCAGGCCUUACUGAACGAGUGCAGACGGCAGGGCGGGCUGCGGCUGGCGCAGGCCCGAGCACUGAUCAAGAUAGACGUUAACAAGACUCGCAAAAUCUAUGAUUUCCUAAUCAAGGAGGGAUACAUUACUAAGGCCUAGGAGCAUUUGCUUUGACCACAGAUGAGACUGGAUUGUGGUUAGUGAUUCGUUUUAUUCUCAUCUUGUAACAUCGUAAGCCUUUGUCUUGUAAGAGUUUCAGAUUGUUGCUGCUCUUUUGAAAUAUUCUAACAUUUGUAAGGUCCUGUUGUGUUUUUGAGUCUUAAAUGUAUUAAAAUGACAAAUGUCUUCGUACAGUUGUGUUCAAAAUAAUAGCUGUCCAGCAUCACUAACCAGAUCAAUCACUGUUUUUGGUAGAAAUUAUAUUUCUACAUGGCAAAUAACUUACUAGUAGAUGUAGUAGAGUAAUAGAAAACCAACAGACCCAACAGUCAUGAUAUGCAUGCUGCUGAUUCUGCAUAAUUGUAUCAUUAAUUGAAAGGGGCGUGUUCAAAAUAAUAGCAGUGUGGAGUUCGUGAUCAAUGAUCUCAAAUGCUUUAAAAUGGCAACCAAAACCAGAAACACGUGGAAGGAAACGGAAAACUGCCAUUUAAAUGGAUCGAAGCCAAUGGUCAGCUCCAGGAAGAUCAGAGAACGUCUAAAGUUACCUGUGAGUACUGUAACAAUUAGAAGACGCCUAUGUGAAGCCAAGCUAUCAGCAAGCCCCACUGCCCCCAAACACUGAAUUCAAGCCACAGUGCAUACAUGCAUUUGCGUGUAUGGAAAUAAAAGCUGUUACAAGGAUUUUGAGCUUCACUCACUUUUUUAAACACACUGCUAUUAUUUUGAACACAACUGUAUAAUUUUUUGUCAGAAGAAAAGGGCCUCAUAUUAAAAUGAAGAUGUAUUUAUUUCUUCUGUUAUAAAAUGUUCAUG